CGGUUGUGUGCUUCGCGUACGGGCGCGUGUGACUCGCGUGGAACUAUAAAUCGAAGGAUUGGUAAUGCCUCCACGUGUCAGUGAAGUUGCACUGUCCUCACUAAUUUGUUCUUAUUUUGUGUGAUUUACAUUGAAAGUUCUAAAAAAUUCGGUGACUAUGUCACGUGUUCCAGCGCCGUUAUUUCACACUUGUAAUUUCGAACAUAAAAUGACGCCUGUUAGUGAGUAGAAUAUUAAGUAGCAUUUAAAUUUAUUCAUGUGUAAUAAGAUGAAUCUUACGUCUAACAUAUGGACAUCACGUGUGUCCGUCAACGCAGUUUAUAUGGCCUGCUUAAUUGGCUUUGCUUGUGGGCUGCUGGGCAGAGGGGAGCCCACACUCAUCAAUUCCAUUCCUGGAGACGCCGGCGACGGGCGGUGUGAGCGUCUUGAAGGGGAAGUCGCUAGAGCCGACCGAGACACGAUAGCGGAAGACCCGCCCAGACUCACCGGAAGAUGGGUCUCCGAGGGGUGUGAGGUGCGGCCUGGCCCGGAGUUCGUCAUGAGGAACUACAUGUUCAUGAGGAACCACACGUUCCGUCUGCUACAGUUCCACUACGGAGACGAGUCCUGCACCCUGGCGCUCUACACGCUGACGGCAAGGGGACGAUAUCGGCUGACGGGGCGGUCCUGGGUGACUCCCGGCGCUACAGAAGCUGAGUACACAUUGACGCGGGUCACAGCCACAGCUCACAGUGCUGAAGUAGCUGAAGAACUGGCGGCCCGUGUCAACACCACGUGUCCUGGCCAGGUGCGACGGCGCUGGAAACCCUACAGGGACUACGUGGUUCUCAGUCUCCCGGAGGAACUGGCUCCCAGUAACAACCAACCGCCCACAGGCAGUAGCAGCUAUCAGCGGAGGAACGCAGCGUCCGCCAGCGCCCUGGGUCGACAUCAACUUAGGAUGAUGGUCACUGAAGAUAUGGACUGCCUUUCAGCUCUGCACGCUGUAUUUCAUGAACUUCAGUUAGUGCGAGUUCAGAGGAGGCCGAAGGGGCCCCCAGACAACCGCCACCCGCGUUACGAACUUUUGCUCGGGGAUCUGCACUCCCGCCCUGAACUGAGAAACUCUUAUCGACCCACGGCCUUCCAGACGCCUCUCCUUCGUGCUGAUCAAGCCCACGGUUGUCACAUCUGCUACGAAGUAUCACGGAGCACAGAGAGGUCCCCUCCUCAUCUGCUGGCGAGGCCCCGGCUGCCCGCCUACAUGGGGGGCGAGUGGGUAAGCACGCGGUGCGAAACGCGGCCUCUGGGUCUCUUCCUCACACGCCGGUUCCGCUUCCACGUCGGGGACCGGACAUGGAACGGCGAGUACCGCUUCUACGCGGACCCCGCAUGUGCUGUGCCUACCUUCACCGCCGCGGCGUCUGGACGCUACUCCCGUACCCUCACUACUUCCGGCAAAGUAGAAGGAGGCGUCGAGUUCGACUUCAGGGUGGAACACGCAUCCCUUACGGUUCUUGAUAGAGGGAUGGUCGAGAAUCUUCAAGGUGAUCGCCGAUGUAUUCCCGGUGGAGUUUGGAAGGUUGGAGUUCCCAGGGACUUAACUCCGUCACGGGGAUGUUCCCCAUUAGGGAUAAUUGUCCCCAGCACAGAAUAUGAAUUGGUUCGUGUCGAAAUGGACGCACAAGGGAACUCGUUGUUAUUCAUGGGCCAACCGGACACAGACAACCAGAGGCGAGGCUCUAGAGAGCGUCCUACUGCAUACCAGUUGCCGCUCAUCCACUGUAGAAGUCUCCCACCGUUCUCAGCUAAUCAUCAUCAUUAUCAUCACCCGGAUGAUGAUUUCCAAGACAAUCACCUCUUUCCCAUAUCUCACGCAAGAAUUGGUCUGAAAUCUUCUUCAGUAAGUGUCACAAUCACCUGCUCAAUUUCCCCUGUAUUCGUAACCACUCUUCUCUUAGUGAGGUCUCUCAUUUCUGUGUAACUUCUGCGUCUCUUUAUCCGGGGUACAAACACGUGAUUGGGUGUAUAGCGACAAACAAAAUGCCUGAAGUAAUGUACGUGUCAUGACAGCGAAUGCUCAUUGUAAUGUCUGUCAUAGCUCAUAUAUUCUGUGUUAUGGCACCGUGUAGAUUCGUACGUGGGUACCAACGUUUUGGAGGAAUGUACAGUCUCUAUUUUUACUUGUUCCGUGGAGAUUAUGCGUAGACGGUAUAGCGACUGGCUACGGGAUGGACUACCGAGGGGUCGGAGUUCGAGUUCCGAUAGGG